AUGAGUGCUCCAGUCGACAUCGCCAACAUCGAGACUGCUAACGCGGAAAAUGUCGGACCAGCGGAUUCCGAGCUGGAGCACCUGCGCUCUGUGAACAAGGAUGAGACGACCGUUGCUUCGGCGGAGGCCGUUAAGGAGCUGGUUACUGCUUCGGUAGAGGCCGUGGAGAAGGCUGCUGAUUCUCCUGUCGAGGCUGCGAAGAAGACGGCCGAUGCUUCAGUUGAGGCUGCGAUGGAGACGUCCGAUGCUUCAGUGCAGGCUGGAAAGGAGACGUCCGAUGCUUCAGUGCAGGCUGUGAAGGAGACGACCGAUGCACCAGUGGACUCGGCGGUAGGGAGUGCCGGCGCCCCGAAUGAGGCUGCCGAUCAGACGAGAGAUGCUCAUCAGAUUGCGGAGGCUUCAACGGAGACUAGCGAGAAUUCAGCCGAGACUCCGGUGGCUACGACGGAUUCUGGAAAGGCCCCGCCGGAGGAGGAGGUGAAGCAGCUCACAAAAGAAGAGCAGUAAGUCUAGUGACUGUCAAAUUGGAGGAAAACCGUUUCAUUUUCAGGGAGGAGAAUCUGAAACAGAUGAUCGCCUCUGGCAAGCGCGAGAUGGCGCUCAACGCUCUCGAGGCUGCCGCUGAUAUUUUCAGCCGUGCUUCUGAGCUCACUUCAACUCUUUUCGGAGAGGACAGCGAAGAGAUGUUUGAGCCGCUCUACCUCUACGGCCAAAUACUUCUGGACCUGGCGAGAUCCGAGGAUCAGGUGCUCGCGAACACGGAAAAACUGGAGGCUGUUGAGGAAGAGGACGGAGAUCAGGAGGAGAAAAGCGAUGAGAACGGAGAUGUUGAGAUGAAAGAAUCGGAGGGCGAGGAGCAAGAGCAGAAAGAAGAAGGCGAAGAAGAGGGAGCAGAGGCGGAAGAAUCGCCAAUGACGCUCGCUUGGGAGUCUCUUGAGGUACUUUUCACCCGCCCAAUUAACUAAUCGGAAUUUAUUUCAGGCUGUUCGUGUUCUUUGCAAUCGCAUGAUCAAGAAGUUCGAGGGCGAGGAGGUGCCGAAUGUCGAUUCAUUGAAGACAUGGAAGCUGCGCUUGGCUGAGGUCCUCUCCUCGCUCGGGGAGCACGGAAUCGCCGACAACAAGGGCGAGCAGGCUCAGAAGGAUCUCUUCUCCGCCCUCGAGCUCCAGGCCCUCCAUCUUCCGAACACAUCGCGUCUUCUCGCCAACACCAACCAUCUGAUCGGAAAGGCUUUCAGCACCGAUUAUCUCUUUGAUAAGGCCGCAGAUCACUUCACAACUGCCAAAGACAUCUUGACUCUGAAGCAGGAGGAGUUGAAAAGCAAGCUAGAGGCAGCAAGUGGAGACGAAAAGAAAGAUAUCGAGGAGGAGAUCAAGGAGCUUGAUGUGGUCAUUCCUGAUAUCGAGAAGCUUCUCAUCGACGCCAAAGAGUCGUUCGCUCAACUGGAGAAGAUGAAAGAAACGGCCAAGAAGGAGUUGGAGGAUGUAGCGGAGACCCUGACCAAGGUCGGCGCCGAUGUCGAGGUCAACGAUAUUCAGAAUUUGGUAAUUCAUUGAAGAAUGUUCCGGGAAUCAGAGUUGUUUUCCAGGUUCGCCGCAAAAUCAAGCGUCCAGCUUCUAUUGAGCCAGCCGAUGACAUCAAGAAGGCCAAGACCGACGCAGAGCAGAAAGAGCAAGCAAAGGAGGAUGCGGCUGCUGAAGAAGCCGACGCAUGA